CGAAGUUAUAUUGAAUUCAGAUUCCAGCUGUCAGUUAAUUAUUAUUGUUCAGAUCUCAAUAAUGGGACAAUUAUCAUUCGAGACAACUUUGCUAAUUCUUUAUAUCACCACCAUAACACCAAUUGUAUCCCAAUCAUAUGUCUGUACAUAUACAUAUGUAUAUUGUUGGUUUUACUCAGCACCAGCGCCAGCACCAGCACCAGCAGCACCAGCACCAGCACCAGCACCAGCACCAGCACCAGUACCAGCACUACCACAACCACUACCAGCACCACUACCACCACCACUACCACCACCACUACCACCACCACUACCACCACCACUACCAUUACCACUACCACUACCGCUACCACUACCAGUACCAACAACAACAACAACAACACGAGCACCACCAAUGCUACCACUACCACCACUACCACUACCACUACCAUUACCACUACCACCACCACCACUACCAUUGCCACUACCACCACAACCACAACCACCACUACCAGCACCAGCACCACUACCACCACAAAUACCACCACAAAUACCACCACAAGUAAUAGCACCACAAGUAAUAGCACCACAAGUAAUAGCACCACAAAUCCCAGCACCACAAAUACCACCACAAAUACCACCACAAGUAAUAGCACCACAAGUAAUAGCACCACAAGUAAUGGCACCACAAAUCCCAGCACCACAAAUACCAGCGCCACAAAUACCAGCCCCACAACCACCAUCAGCACCUGUAGUGGUUUGCUGUUGCGUGCAGCCUAAAGCUGUACCAAAACCCCAGAGUACCUGUUGUAGCUCUUGCAAAGCUCCAUGCACUAGUUAUCAGACUUCUUAUGGUCGAAAACGACGCUCAGUAACCGCUGUUGGUUUUCGAAAAAGUGAGAAAAGCUUAAAUGAUAAUCCUGUUUGUAACAAUGCCAAUUUACGGCAUAUCAUGAAACAGAAUAUGGUGAAUGAUAAUGUUUGGUUAAGUAAAGAAACGAUCCGAAAAGUUCUCAAAACGACGAAUUCAUCCAUUCGAUACAAUGUUAUUUGUAGUUCCGGUGUUUUAGCCUAUAUCACACAUACUCAUGAAUUCUGUUUAGUCCAACAAAAUAAUAUAUCCUGCUAUGUUUUCAGGUCUUCAAAAAGUUUUUCAAUAAAAUAA